AUGCUACAAGCAGUUAUAUCGACUCAACUUGAUCGGGUGGAAAAAAAGGUUAACAGGUUAGUUGAAUUGGCUGUGGCGGGUCAGUUCCAUCUAGCAACUAGUGCAUUUGAUGGUGCCACUAGUAGCACAACUUAUGUACCAGAAAAUGAACCGAAGGAUGGGUUGGAAAAGGAGGUUGGAUUUGAUGAUGUGAUAGACGUGCAUGCUGCUGAAAGAAAGGUAGAUCUGCCUGAAGAGGAUUUAAAGUUAGAGGAGGAGGAGGAGGUUAGAGGAAAAAAUGUAGGAGGAAAGGAGUUGGAAACUGAGCCUGGAUUUGAUGAUGUGAGAGAUGUGCCUGCCGCUGAAGCAAAUGUAGAAGCGCGUGAGGAGGACCCAAAGUUAGAAGAGGAGGUUAGAGGCAAAAAUGUAGGAAGGAAGGACUUGGAAAAUGAAGCUGGAUCUGGGAAUGAUAUAGAUGAGCAAGAAAAUGAAAAAAUGAUCAAGGAGAGUGUUGGAAGAGAAAUAAUAUUAGAGGAAGAGCAUCCCGACGUGGAGAAAGGGACUGCUGAUUUUGUGACACCUGAAAAGCAUGAUGUAGAUACAAAUGAAUCCACUCAAGAAGUAGAUCCCAGCAAGGUUAAGGCUUUUUGCAAAUGGAUAGAAACUACAUCUUUGUGCCAAAUUAUACCUUUGCGCUUCUAUGAUGUUCAAGCAAAAAGUUUGAUGGAUCUUUCGAAAGAGGAUGGUUGGAUUAAUGACAGUAUUAUGAACGAGGCCCUAUAUCAGAUACGAAAAAGGGCUUCCAGAUUUCCCAAUUUGUUUCGGCAAGAAUGUUGCAUAUUGGACACUUAUUUCUAUCAAUUUGUUGUCAAUGCAUAUGGCCAAUUACAGUCCAGUAAAGAGCUCAAAUGUAGUAAGAGUCUAAUGAAUUCUGUGAGAAGGGCUACUACGGAGCUCGGUAAACCUUGGAAGGACUGUAAAUAUUUGUAUCUUCCUUGUUGGUCCCGCGACCAUUGGUUUGCAGUUCAAGUUGACAUGGAGGAACGGGCCAUUUUAAUGUUUGAUAGUCUGAAGGGUCACAUUCGCCAGGCAGCGUUGGAAGCUUACCUUUUGCCUCUACAGGUGCUUAUUCCGUUGAUAAUAAAAUCUCAUGUCACCAGUGAAAGCAAAUAUAGUACGGAGAACUUCAAAGUUAUGAACGUAAAAGAUAUUCCCCAACAAGUGAACGGAUCCGAUUGUGGAAUAUUCGCUAUUAAAUUCAUAGAAUUUCUGCACGCAAAUAUGGACGUAAAUACAAUUCGAUCGGAUUACAUACCAGUAUGGAAAAAGAAACUGGUUGCAGAGUUGUUGGCUUGGGAUUUUGAGCCGUAG